GCCGGGAGGCCUAAGGUGUUGAAAUGAAUUAUGGUGAUGAUGAUGUUCCCCAGCUUUCAUCUGAAGCUUUAGCUGCUUUGCAGGAGUUCUAUGUUGAGCAACAGCAGAGAGAAGCUAAGACCACUGAUAGAACUCAGAGUUAUUCUGUCGGCUCUAUUGAAGAGAACUGGCAACUGAGCCAGUUUUGGUAUGAUUCUGAAACAGCACUUUGUUUGGCUAAUGAGGCCAUAAGAGCAGCUGGAAAAGGUGGCAGGAUAGCUUGUGUCAGUGCCCCUAGUGUUUAUCAAAAGCUGAAAGAGAGCCAACAUUUUUCAACCUGCAUUUUGGAAUAUGACCGAAGAUUUUCCGUAUACGGAGCUGAGUAUAGUUUCUAUGAUUACAACAGUCCUUUGAAACUUCCAGCCCACCUUGAAGCACAUAGUUUUGAUAUUGUCGUAGCAGAUCCACCCUACUUAUCUGAAGAAUGUCUCAAAAAAAUAGCAGAAACCAUAAAAUACUUAACUAAAGGAAAGAUUCUGCUGUGUACAGGUUUAAUCAUGGAGGAAUAUGCUGCAAAGUAUCUUGGCGUGAAGAUGUGCAAGUUUAUUCCAAAACAUGCUCGAAAUUUAGCUAAUGAAUUUCGAUGUUAUGUGAAUUACGAUUCUGGACUGGAUUUAGAUUCUCCCUCUUGAUAGCCCAAUAAAAAUUAAUAGAUUUUUUUCAAA